AUGGCCAAUACUACUAUUAAGGACUACGGCAGCAGCGACAAUAAUUCUAAUGGACCAAAAGUAAUACUCGAAGAAAGAAUUACAACAGUUAAUGCGGAUUGUAAUAAAUAUAACAAUCACAACGGUAGCAUUAGUUCUGCUGAUUCCAAUGAGGCGCUAGUGAAGAAACCCAGGGCUGCGUCCUUCUUUAAUGUGUUAUUCAGUGGUUUCGCUUUACUUUCUGAUGGUUAUCAAUCUGGAGUCAUCAGUUUCGUUAAUCUCUUUCUUGGGAAAAUCUACGGAGAUAGCAUUUUCAAUGCUGAUAUGAAAUCUCGUUUAUCUUAUGCUAUGUUUGUUGGUGCUAUUGUUGGCCAACUAGGAUUUGGUCUCGUAAUUGAUCGCAUCGGACGUAAAAUCGGACUUAUUCUGACCACUGUUCUUGUAAUUGUUGGCGCUGCAUUAUCCUCUGCUUCAAGUGGAACUUCCGUCAAUGGUAUGCUUUGGAUGAUGAUUAUAUCCAGGGGUAUUCUUGGUGUAGGUGUAGGUGGUGAAUACCCGUGUAGCUCUGUAUCGGCAGGUGAGUCUGCUGAUGAAGUAGCUCCUGGGAAACGUGGUGGCUUGUUUGUACUUGUAACCAACUUUGUUAUCGACCUUGGUUAUGUCGUUUCAGCCAUUGUGCCUGUUGUUCUGCUUGCUAUCUUCAAGGAUAAUUUGGAACCUGUUUGGCGUUUAUGUCUGGGUCUUGGUGUAGUCCCUCCCUUAUCCGUCUUGUACUUCCGACUCAAAAUGGGAGAUUCAGAACGUUACAAAACAGGUGCUUUGAGAAAGCAUGUUCCUUAUCUGCUCAUUUUCAAGCGAUACUGGUUCCGUAUCUUGUUAAGCUCGGGUUUAUGGUUCAUUUAUGAUUUUAUUACUUAUCCAAAUGGUGUUUUCUCUUCAGUCAUCCUCGACAGUGUCGCUAGUGGUGAUUCAAAUAUUCAAAUCGUUGCCUGGAACAUCUUACUCUUUGCUUUCUAUCUUCCCGGUUGUUUAGCUGGUGCCUAUUCAGUCGAUAAAUUGGGUCGUAGAAAGACGCUUGCCUUUGGUCUAAUGGCUCAAGGUAUUGUUGGCAUGAUUCUUGGUGGAGUAUAUGAGCCUCUCUCUAAGAAUUGUAUGCCUAUGUUCAUUAUUAUGUAUGGUAUCUUUUUAGCCCUUGGAGAAUAUGGCCCUGGCCCCACUAUGGGUUUGAAUGCCAUGGAAAUGUUCCCUACUGCCGUCCGUGGUACUUGCUAUGGUAUUGCUGCUGCUGUAGGUAAAGUAGGAGCAACCGUUGGUACGCUUGCUUUUGUGCCUAUGCAAGAAGCCAUGGGAGGUUAUCGUGGGCCCUUCUUGGUUGGUAGUGGUAUUGCCAUUGCCGCUAGCUUUGUUGCCUGGUUUUUCGUUCCAGAAAUUGGAGUGGAUGGUUUAGCUGAAGAAGAUGCUGACUUCCGUGCUUAUUUGGAGAAGCAUGGCUAUGAUGUCAGUCAGUUUGGUCUAGGUCAGCAGUCAUCAGUCCAAGAACAAUCUGUUGUCGAAGUUGUUCAGGAUAAAUCAAAGAAUGGCUCUUUUAGCUCGAGUGGUUCUUUGGAUGAACAACAACAGCCAAGAACGCAUGAAGUAGCGUGA